AUGUGGGUGCUAUUAGCUCUAAUAGCUGUGGCGGGAGCUACGAGUCUACCAGAACCAAUUAAAAAACCAAUUCCACCAAAACCAUUAAAAAAAUGUAGAGGACCCAAUGAAAAGUGGGUAAAAUGCAGAACAUUAUGUCCGCCCCAGAGCUGUGAUAUAUCUUACACUACCUACCUCUGCCCUGAAAAACAAAAAUGUGAAAGUGGCUGUGAUUGCAUUAAGGAUCAUUUGAGGCUUAAGAAUGGGACUUGUGUGAAGAACGACGACUGUCCUCCUCCCACUCCUGAACCAGUAUGUGGCUAUAACGAAGUAUCUGUCCCGUGUCCACAAACAUGUCCGCCGCAAGAUUGCGAAGCCCUAUAUUUGAACUACUUAUGCGCUCAGAAAGACGAUAGUGUGCCUUGUGAGCCUGGAUGCAACUGUAAAGAAAACCAUCUAAGAAACGCUAGCAAAAUCUGCGUACCUGUUGCAGAGUGUCCUCCAGCGCCUUGGUUAGGUCGUAUAAAGCCUCAAGAUCCAACAAACCCGGUCAAAGGUUCUGCCUCGUAUUAUCAAGAAAUAUUUUAUGUAUUAUAUGAAGGUUUUCUUAUUAAUAUACUUUACGUAAUCUUUUGGAGUAUAAGGCCAAAAUAUACAGUCAAUAGCACGCUUUGCAUUAAGAUUUAAAUUGGACUCCACGCCAUUUACUUAAAUCAUAACUUAAUUCCAAAAUACAUUAACAAAAUACAACAAAAGUCCACACUCACAAAUUAAAUUUUGAGAGAAGUAGAUUCGCCAAGUAAGUAUGUUGCAAUUGUCAAGUCUACGUUAGUCAUUGCAAUAACACUUCCUUCACUCAUCACCAUUGUUUAUGUGAAAGUAAGAAAAAAUGCAAUAAGUAUUAAACCUGUUGUGCCUUUAUUUAAUUUCUUUAUUUUGUAUUUUUUUUAUAUAUACAAUUAAUUUUUUGAUAUUUUUUUUUAUAUUUGUAAAAUUGGCACACUACGUCUCUCGCUCCGAUUAGCUUUCCACUAACUCAAAGGUUGUCAGGAAGAGAUCGCUCUUAACGAUAAGACCGCCUUUGCCCACAUUAGUUUUAAGUUGUUUAUGUACUAUUCUUGUUCUUGUGUGUGAGCAAUAAAGUGUUUAUCUAUUUAUCUAUCUAUCUGUUGUCAGAUAGGUACUGGCAACCUUUCCCACAAAGGCUUACAAACAAACAAACAACACACACACUUAUAGAUCCGCACUAAGAAAACUUUGUAUCGUGGGUUCUAUAGACACACACAUGGGUAGACAAUCACAAUUUACACUCAAACCCACGAGAGAAAUAAAUGUACACCAUACAAAUAUUUCUCCCCGCCCGGAAAUCGAACCCCGCACCACGGCAUGGCAGUUCAGCAUGGUAACCGUUCGACCAUGGAGGCAGUUAGACCGUGCUUUGUUUUAUAUAAUCAACAUUCGGCCCACGUAGUUACUAUUCGAGGAAAAAAUCUAAACACCGCGAUUCAGUAUUUACAUAAAAUGAGUAAAUGUCAUCUAGUGAAAUUUUAUGGAACUGCAAAAUGUGCAACGUCGAAUGUCGUUAUAUUAUUUAUAAAGAAAAUUGAAAACACAAUGCUCUUACUGAUACCGUAUUAACAGUGUUUUGUUGCAUUAACAUAAAUAUCUAAUUCUAAUGGUGCCACAAACGAUACAAAAAUACGCUACUAUCAGACGGCACCGUUUGAUCGGUACAGUUUAUCGCACAAUUAUGUCCACACACACAAUACAUUUAGUAAUAGUGUUCUUCAUUAGAGAUGAAACGGAUAGUGAUUUGGCCGCAUACCGGAUACCGGAUAUCCGGUGCCAUAAAUAUGUCGCGACUGGUUUACAGCGCGCAUCGCCAUGAUUGAUUGAUUAGUGAAUGAUUGCACUUUCACAUUCACGAUUUGAUUUGUGGUGGUCACGUGGUUUUUAUAAAAACAAUUAAUUUAAUCGGUAAUACAAACAAAUAUAUGUAUGACAGAAAAAUUUUAACAUUAAGAAAUCGCAAAUUCGGCAUUAUUUAAAUGUUAACGCUGUUUGUUUGUUGUGCCAAAUGCAAAUUUCUCGCGGUGGAGGAGGAAAGAAGCAAUUACAUCAUUAUUUGGCUGUAUUAAAAUGUCUACAUGUUACAAGUCUAAGCCUAGCACUUGAUACGCCCUUUAUUAUUUUGUUUCAAUUUGAUUUCAUUAAUUUGUUUGUAAUCUAACUAAUUCUAAGUGUUGAUACCAGAUUUGCCAUAAAAAAACUUACACGUUUCAUUAUGUAGAUAGGUACACAUAGUAUUUGAAGACAGGUCAAAUCGAUCGUGAUCGCGAUCCUUUCAUUUGAUCGUGUGGCAAUGACAAGCUAAACUUAAAAUUUAACAAAGUUUGCAAAAGUUUAUGGCGAAAAACUGUCCUCUGAAGCUGGUCUCGUUUAUGAAAAUAAAUAGAACCAACUUUUAUCACUUAAUGCAUAAACAACUGGUCUUCAUCCACUGAUUUAUUGAAAUUUGAGUACUAAAUUUACAGGUAACGUUAUUUAACUUCAAAUAGUU